UGUUGUGAUGGAUGUAGACUGUGUUGUAGUUAACCUAGGUCGAGAGGCCUCAGAAGACACGAGAUUGUGUGUCUUAGGGGCUUUGCCUGUCAGUUUGAUAAACUAAACAUCAGCUGUUAUGGUCGACUGUCAAACAACAAAAGCGAAAACAAGGAAUUGUUCACGGGCCUGACUUUGAAGAUUUUACAGUACCGUACUAACCUAAGAACGGAUCUCAGCUGGAAGGCAGUACGUCAUGAUCAGGGCAGGAAGAUAUUACGAUGUCUUGGUGGCCUUGCUUCUGCUUCUAGGCCCCGGCCUCUCCCUAGCUUCGGAGACGAAAUGUAUCAAGGGAUGUUGGUGCGAGUCGAGCGACACAGACGUGUCCGUGCAGUGCACGAACUUCCCCGGAGACUCUGUCCCCAGUUUGACCUCGUUAGACCUGGCCUCCAAAAACGUGUCCUUGAUGCUAGAUCAGCCAGGUCUGAAGAAAGUGGCGCGGAAAGAUCUCCAGGUCGGGGGUAAGCUGAUCCGAGUGACCAUCGUGGGCAGCCCCGAGCUGGUGUACGAUGUGGACGCCUUCUCGGACAGCGCCUCCACUCUGACGUCACUGGACCUGGACGUGGGCGACUACCGGUUCGACCAGGUGUUCUCGGUGGUCAGUGAGCUCGGUGCCCUGGAGAAGCUGACCCUCCGAUGUCAGGGCAAGGCCGGUGACCCUAUCUUGCUGACUCAGCCGAUCGUGUCGGGGCCAGUGACCCAGUCUCUGCGUGAGCUCAGUAUCAGGUCGUGCGAAGUGAAACAUGUCUUAGCCGAAGCUCUGACCGGGCUGGACAAUCUAACGGGACUGUCGCUGCCCAAAAACGUGCUUCGCGACAUCCCGCGCUUUCUGUCCACACUUCCCCUUACCUCCGUACACCUGGACACCAACAGGAUCGCCCACCCCGACCUGGGCCAGCUCCCGAAGACUCUGAAACUCUUGAGCCUGUCCGACAACGGGGUCAUCACCAUGAGCCCUUACGUCGCCGCCGAGCUGCCCAAUCUGGCGAGCAUGGACCUGAGCGACAACCCGCACUUCACGCCGUCCCCGAGCACGUUCGAGGAGUACUCUCGCGGCUUUCUCAACCUGGCCCGCACCAACCUGGACACGUUAGACAUCCUGCACGGCGGCCCCGAGUCGCCGCCCCCCGCCGUGUCCCUGGAGAUCAGCGGCACCAAAGUUCCCUGCAGCUGUCAGCUCCAGCACCUCCUGGUGGUCCACAAGGCGGACAUCUCAGGCACGUGCGUCACUCUCGGGAACGGCACGCUGCACAUCCCCGGACCCCAGCUCGCCCAGUAUCUGAAAAGCGUGGACUGCGACUGUCUGACAGACCCCAAGCAGCCGUGCGCCAGCGGCGUGUCCAAGAUGAGGCAAGAGUGGUUGGAAGCCCACAUCCCGGGGAGCGCCGGCCGUCGAGGCACCACCUCCUCCUCCCCCCGUGAGGCGGCGGCCGUGUGUCUGGCCGUGUUUCUGCUCACGGCGUGGGUUCAAUGAUCCAUGUCAGUGUGCGCUGUUACCCUCGUGGGAAAAGUCAUGGCAUUGUUGUACGUCUGUCUAUCCGGCUCACCGUUUCCCACCAGUGGAGGGGUUGGAAGUUCAAUCAUGUAGUAGUUGGCGAAAUCGUCGCUUUUAAACACAAGGGGCGCGCUCAUAUGACCUUAGCAGUUGCGAGCGCCGUAAAACCCUCUACUACAUACAU